AUGUCUGCCCGUGAAUGGCCGUUGGAAGGUGCUGAUCGAACAUGUCAUACGGCAAUGCACGGUCUGCAGAAAUGCAUCCUCCCUGUACAGUGUGACAGUGGGAAUGGUACGACGGAAUACUGGUACAUCAAGCAUCUCAUGUUUCCAUCUCUCUCGCAGGCUGUUCUGGAGGACGUGCGGCUGGGACUUGUUUCUCUUUCCUUUCAUAUAUAUCAAAGUGACCUCUAUCACCGGAACAUGACGCUGUGGUUCCUGUGGAUUAUGGAUGACACGAAACACCGCGUCCCUCCUGUAUCGCAGCGCAUCAUUCGGGCUUCAGACUCAGCUGCUUCAGGACGGGAGGAUGUGUAA